AUGUUAUAUCGUUUAUUCAUUACUUUGCUAUGGUUUGGUCUAACGUUUUUAGUUAUAUUACCAGUAUUGUGCCACCGUCUCAAGUAUUCCAUUUAUUACGGAGGGCUAAGGCCUAGAAAUAUCACUCAAGAGAAUCUCAAAAUGGAAGAAGAAAAUAAUCAACGGUUAUUGAUGGCUCAUAAGGAAUUUAGAAAUAUCGUGACCAAAAAUGAAAUAGUUGGAAAGCCAAGUAAUGUUACUGAUAUAAUUAUCACUCUAAUUACUGUAUCAAGAGGGAUAAGUGAUUAUAAUCCGUAUUAUUUGACACAAACUGCUAGUAAAUUACUACAACUUUUGAGAAAGGAUGUAACUGGAUUGGACUUCACUUAUGGUUUGAUGGUUUGCAAUGUUGAUUCGUUACCAAAUGCAUACACUGAAGCAAAAGAAAUUUCAAAUUUAAUAUAUACAACAGUUAAAUACACAAAAAGACUAAAUCAGGUUAUAAACAGGUUUGAAAAAGAAAAACAAGAUUAUGUGUACUGUUUAGAGAAGUCUCUUCAAUUUCAACCAAGAUAUGUGUUGUUGAUGGAGGAUGAUGCCUAUCCAACUGAUCGAAUGUUACCUGUCCUGGAAUAUAGCAUACAAAAUGUAUUUCAAGGAAAAUUUAGUGAAUUUUUUCAUCAGCAAAGGAAGGUUGCUUAUCUAAAGUUGUAUCAUCCUGAACGGCUUCUUGGUUUUAUAAGUUCAGAGAUAUAUCGAUUGUUUGAACUUGCAGGUGCCAUUUUACUGCUCGUAACAUUUCUUAUUGCAGUUAAAAAAACAUGUACGAGUGGCAUUACUAUUACACGGAGAUUUGUAAUAUUAACUGGUGUUUACAUAGUAUUUCUGGCUCUUGCAAUAGGCCGACCAAAUCUUAUAGGCAUACGUACAGUCUCUCCAUACUUUCACUCAUUCGUAACUGCUCCAAGUUGUUGCACUCCAGCUAAUUUGUAUUCAUACAAUGGUGCUAGGGCGGUCAUUGAUUCAGUGUCUCAUAAAGUUAGCUAUGCUGGUCAUGCAAAAGAUGCUUUAUUAGAUGAGUUCUUGAAAGAGUCAGACUAUAAUGCAAUAUAUGUAGAACCAAAUAUUUUCAAACAUAUUGGACAAUACUCAUCAUUAAGACAUGGGAUAGUGCUUGAUCCAUAUGUGGUAUAA